AUAGUUUAAGAUUAUCCUUAAAAUAAAUAAAUCAAAUACAACGACAACGUUACUACUUUAUCGUCAAUACUUCGAACUCCUGCAGCGUGUGAUCUCGGGUCAUGCCAUCAAUGUCGGCUCCGGAGCAUUGCAGUGAAGUAUGGAAACUAAUAGGCGUUAAGGUGACAUGCAAAUACUUUUAACUGUUGAACAAGAAGCUCAGCAGAUUGUCAAUGCUACCAAUAGUGCAAAAAUGGCUAGAUUAAAACAAGCCAAAGAAGAGGCUGAAAAGGAGGUGGCUGAAUAUCUAGCCCAAAUGGAACUAGAGUUUCAACGGAAAGUCACAGAGAGCAAUGGAGAUUCAGGUGCCGAUGUGAACCGUCUUGAACAAGACACGGGUGUAAAGAUUCAACACUUGGAAAAAAUAUCCCAUGAUGUCAACCUAAUGCUUUUGAAGCAUGUUUGUUACUACUGUGAAAGUCUGGGCUUCUUGAAUCUUGAUGGUUAGAUUAGUGCCAUACUCGCCCUCGGAUAUGAUUAUUUUGUCAUGAAUGUUUUUGGUAAAUUAUUUUCCCUGGACCCUAGACUUGCUGUUGGCUGUAGAUAGGACUCUUGAAACAUUUAUUUUGAACAUUUUGUUUUUUGUUGCAGUGGCCUUUCAAAGGGAAGAACUUACCAUUUCUUUUUAUCAGUAAAUAAAUAAAUGUUGCAGAUAUGCAACAAUCUCUUGUUUUAAUUACUUUGCUUGAUGUAAACGAAAUUAUUUGAGUUAUUUACCAAA